GGCGUUGCUGGGGUUCGGACGCGGCCGGGCCGUGCAGAGGGAGGGGCGCGUUAGCCGGACCCGGCUGCCGGCAGCGGCACGAUGAGCCUGGCCCUCAGGAAUGAGCUCUCAGUAGACAAAACUAAGAAGAAGAAAAGAAGAGAGCUGACUGAGGAACAGAAGCAAGAAAUUAAAGAUGCCUUUGAAUUGUUUGAUACAGACAAGGAUAGAGCGAUAAAUUAUCAUGAAUUAAAGGUGGCAAUGAGAGCCUUGGGUUUUGAUGUGAAAAAAGCUGAUGUCCUGAAAAUACUUAAAGAUUAUGAUCGCGAAUCAACAGGCAAGAUCACUUUUGAAGAUUUUAAUGAAGUUGUGACAGAUUGGAUACUGGACAGAGACCCUCAAGAAGAAAUACUCAAGGCAUUCAAAUUGUUUGAUGAUGAUGACUCUGGUAAAAUAAGUCUGAGAAACCUGCGCCGGGUUGCUAGAGAAUUGGGUGAAAAUAUGUCUGAUGAAGAACUGCGAGCUAUGAUUGAAGAAUUUGAUAAGGAUGGAGAUGGAGAAAGUAUGUGUUGGCAAAUACAACACCAUGUCAUCUUGUUCUUAAUUUUGUUAUCUUUUUAGUUGUUAUUUUGUUGUGAAAAUGUCCUCUUUCAUUUCCUUCUAGAUUACUUUCAUCUUCAGCAUAAUUUAGUUUACAAAUAAUGCAGACGAUUGCUUUUGACAGCUACUAAUCCUGGAAUUGAUUCACCACCAACUCUUAUUCAGCCAAUGUCUAUUUAAAAGAUGGGUGAAAGUGUAGUUGAAGGUAGAAGUAAGAGAGAUUCUGUGUAUCUACAUUACAUUUUUAUUUCCUUAUUAAUCAGUAAAAGCAGUAAAGUGCUGAGAGAGUUUUUUGGUCACUUACUCAAUAUAUUUUAAGUGGCAAUGUGUCAUUGUUGUGGUUUCAGCACUGGUUAUGGAGCAUUAAGCGAAUAAAUCAUGCUGGAAGUAGCCUGGGUCUAUGUAGGAUCAGCUAGCAUGACUCCUGAACAUACUUCUGAGCCUUGGAGUGCUGAAAAGCAUAGUAUGAAAAAUGGCUCUGCAACUGACAAAGUCCAUACAGAGUAGGCUGCAGAAGGGACUUACUAGGUAGAUAAAGAAUGAAUUAGCAAAUCAAGUUUGAUACUAUGCCUGUUAAAUCACUGUGAAAACUGAAACUUGAAAGUUUUUCAUUAUCUUCAAAACAACCUUAUUUUUACAUUAGAAGCCUUAAUACUUGAAUUUUGAGGAUCACUCACUUAAGAUCUUGCACAUAAAGACUUGUAUCAGCACCAUUCUUAGAGGGUGAUGACUCAUAUCUUAGAUUUCACUAGCAGGUCAUCAGUUUUUCCUGAGGCAAUGAUAUUUAUGCUUGCGGGCAUAUGAUGGGCUCAAAACACACAUAUACUAAUGGAAAAAAUUGUGUUGUCAGCCUUUUAACAGAUAGUCUUCUAUGCUAUUCAGUGUAGGUGUUAUUUUUGGAAGUCAUAGCUGUAGAGGUGAGUGAAAUUAUAACUCUUUGUCAAAUAUGUUUCGUCAUGUGUUUAUCUCCUGGAGCUGCCAAAUGAGAUGUCAGAAUUGUGGAUCAAUGUUCUUUUGUCACAUUGCUGUUGGGGUACUACAUAUGGAACAUAUACUAUUAGUUUCUUUCAGGAGGGUUAUUGAGUCAUUAUUUUGUGUCAGUGCUACAU